AGGGGCAACCGCCGUCCAAUGAAAGUGCAGUCCACACACACACACACAGACACACAGACAUGAACGAUUUUAUAUAUAUAGAUAGUGUUGGGGGCGCUCCCUCCUCCUCUGCUCCCGGUCGCGACGACAUCGAACUGCACGAGACGGGAGGAGCGAGCGAGAGGCACACAGAGCCGCCGGGAGGUGAUUUGAGAGAUCGGGAAUCAGAGGAGGAGAGAGAGGAGACGACGACAGGAGGAAGAGAGAGAGAGGAGAGGGGAGCAUCAUCGUCAUCGUCGUGGUGAGGCCGGACCCGACUCGGGCAUGGCGGGCGCCGCAGGGGAGCAAGACUUCAGCUUCGUGAGCCCGUUGAUCAAAUACCUCCUCUUCUUCUUCAACUUCGUCUUCUGGGUGAUAUCAGUGGUGGUGCUGGCGGUCGGGGUCUAUGCCAAGGUGGAGAAGAUUGCAGACGCUGCGGUGGCGACGCUCAUCGCCGACCCGGCCGUGCUGCUGAUUGUGGGCGGAGGCCUCAUGUUCCUCAUCACGUUCUGCGGCUGCAUCGGCGCGCUGCGCGAGAACAUCGUGCUGCUGCAGAUGUUCUCCGUGUGUCUCGCGGUGGUGUUCCUGCUCCAGCUCGCGGCCGGGGUCCUGGGCUUCGUCUUCUCCGACAAGGCACGUGUCCGGAUUAGUAAACUGAUCAACAAAGGCAUCGUCUAUUACCGUGAAGACAUCGACCUGCAGAACGCCAUCGACUACGGCCAGCAGGAGUUCGAGUGUUGCGGCGGUGCGACCUACAAGGACUGGAGCCGGAACAUGUACUUCAACUGCUCGCUGGAGAACCCCAGCCCCGAGCGCUGCGGGGUGCCCUUCUCCUGCUGCCUCGCCCAGCGCGACGAGGCCGUGCUCAACUCCAUGUGCGGCUACGGGGUCCAGCAGCAGGAGCAGCUGGAGGCGGCGCGCUCGGUCCACACGAGCGGCUGCAUCGACAAGCUGGUGGCCUGGGCCCACGGCCACCUCUACCUGCUGGGCGGCGUCGCCCUGGGCCUCGCCGUGCCGCAGCUGGUGGGGAUCAUGCUGGCGCAGCUCCUGAUCAACCAGAUCAAGGACCAGAUCGAGCUGCAGCGCUACAACCAGCUGCACCGCGCCGACCAGUGGCGCUCCUAGCGGCAACAGCGCCACCACACAGCUCCUCGCACACCGCAGUCACCCCCACCACACUCACCCCCACCACACUCACUCACUCUACACUCACCCCACCACACUCACCCACUCUACACUCACCCCCACUACACUCACCCACUCUACACUCACUCUGCACUCACCCACUCUACACUCACCCACUCUACACUCACCCACUCUACACUCACCCACUCUACACUCACCCACUCUACACUCACCCACUCUACACUCACCCACUCUACACUCACCCAUUCACCUCCACACUCACCCACACUCUUAUGGACUCGCCUAAUUCUCUACACUUCCCUACACCCCUGCCUUUCUCGUAAAACAGCAAUUCACCCCUAAGUGGUGGUGACAUGACCACGGCGUUAGUGCCAGGCUCAUUGCACAUUACGGCUAUCACUUGGAGUGUGGAAGGCUCGCUGCUGCUGGCAGGAGGUCACGGAACAGACCCAGGUGCCAUGGGUGGGCUGCGAUGACUGGCAGAUGCACCACCACCUGUGCUUCUCACUGUGCCAACUCGCUGCGGUUUAUCUCCACUCGUUGUGAGCGUCGCUCCUCCGCCCUUCAUUGUUGUGAUCUCAAGGACAUGGGCCUGUAUCCGCUGUUCCAUCACCGCAGUCCAGCAGAUGUUCUAAACGGACCUGGCAUGUGGAUGCACCGAUGCCAGAACAGCAUGGUGAAUACAAGCCCAUGGUCUGCACCGGUAUCUAGCAGCCUCCUACAACCACUGCCCAAUAAGUGCCACUCGGUGUUGUUUGAUAGUUUCCAGCCCUGAGAGAGGAGGACUGUCCAUCCCUGUGGUGACUGGAAACAGAACCAGUCCACUGCCCCCCUCCCAUAUUUCAUAGAGGUCCAGACAGUACCGGUCAAGUUCCCGACGGAGGAUUGGCAGCCUUUCCUCAACAGUGAUCAUGUCCACAUUCCACAUGGUCAGCCGCAGUGAUUGCCCGUUGUUUCUGGAUGAACCCCAAGGGUCGGGGAGGUGGGGGGUUAAGUAUCUUAACUCUGCCAAACAUGGUUUAGUCAAAUGACGUCAUGGUUGCCUGACCCCCUCGGAGCCCCCGGCACAAGUUUAGUUUGGUGUUUCAUUCGUGGUUUUGGGACAUAAUUGAAAGGUGGGGGGCUCACCAGCCCCUCGCACCAGUCCAGCGCCCCCAUUCGCCUCUGUUGUGGCUGUGAGUGCCAUGAGGGUAACAGCUGAUUAGCAUCAGCACAGCCUUCUCCCAAUGGCAUUGCUUACAAUCACAGUAUUAUCAUUUGACACCAUCACAGAGGUGAGGCUGGUUUUCCUCUACAAUCACCCACUCACCUACACUCCUACCUGCCCUCUACACUCACCAACACUCCUCCCUGACUCACCCCACACCCCACUUACCCACACUCUUACCUGCCCUUUACACUCACCCACACUCCUCCCUGACUCGCUCCACACCCCACUCACCCACACUCCUCCCUCCCCUCUACACUCUCCCACACUCAGUGAGGGCUAUUAAACUAUGAUCGGUAACCCGGUAACCCAAUUGGCUUCCACUAAAGGUUUAGAGGGAGUUUGCUACAUUCUUCUCAGCUGACCAGGUAUGUUCGUAGAGGUGGGCGUACUCAUACUCUACCCCACCGCACGCAACUGUGGAGGACUGAUUGGCGCCAAUGCGAGAAACCUCAAACUGCGACUGAAACUUUUAUAUUCGUACGGCGAACCGGUUCAAAGCGGUGGUACCGGCGUUCUCGUGCCACAAUGAGAAACCGACUCCAGCCGCCCCCCCGGUAUCAAAGCGAUGCCCAACCGCUCUCGCCCGGUCGCGACAGCGGCUGCACGCACCGCGCACGCCAGCCCGGCACGGGGGGCUCCAGCCCCCCACGCAUGUCCGCAGGGCCGGGCCCGCUCGGUUUCCCCGUGCCCUGAUCCCGCGGUUAUCGCUCUCCGCUGUGGGCUGCAAUGCCUGCCUCUGUGCCUGGGUGUAGCGGUUGGCGUGCUGCACCUCCGAACCCGGCGACCCGAGUUCGAUUAUUGCCCGCGACCGACAGUGAUGAUUAUCCGAACCGGUCUUGGGCCUCCCAUAGGUCGACUCAGCCUUAAUUGAGUACCUGGUGCAGUGGGGAACCACGGUGGUGAGAUGUGAACUACCUCACCUGGUGUGCAGGAGGUCGUGGGUUCUAGCCCGACUCCGACGCCUGUAUAUUUGGAGUUUGCGUGGCCUCCCUGUGGUCAAGUGGAUUUCUAUCCGGGUCCUCCGGUUUUUCCCUCCACGUUUAGAAAACAUGCAUUUAGAGGAUUUGGCUGCUAGAAAUUUCCACAUGACAAGCCAAUUUGUCGAUCUAUCAUUCGUGGGCAGGUCGCUUCUGAAAAGGAGCUGUACAUCUCAGUGGGCCUUACCUGGUAAAAUAACAAAAAAUAGUUUAGUGUAUAUAAACAUCGGCACUCGGGGGACAAAGGUGGGUCAGGCAUCGUUGUGGCCACCCACCCCCUCGUGUGCCGUGUUGGCCUUAAUAGGUGCUCGCCAAUAUCACUUGCCCCAAAAGUCUGGUGAGGCUAUACGGGGGGGUGAUCUUUUGCCUAAAAGGGAGUUGACCACUGUCAUUGGACCGUGCGGAGGUCACCGUCGGCUGUGAACGGGUCAUUCGUAGACCCGGACAUUGUGCUUUGGCUGCGUGAACCCGUCGAGCGAUGAAGUUGCUCUUCACGGGGUGUCGUGGGAGAGAAGGAGCAGCUUGGCUCGGGGUGGGGCCGUUACCGAGGUGAUCGCCUCUCUCCCGUGAGUGCUGUGACUGCAGGGUGACCCGAGGAGGUCGUCGUUUCUGUUCACGCGGUUUUUUUUCGGUUUGUUUUCGACACCGUUGCACAGCGCGGGCCCAAAACGUCAAGCGGCCAGUAGCAAACGGCACGAGUAGCAUCGUCGCGGUGAUGGACAGAGAGUGUGACACGUGUCUUGAAUUGAGCCAGGGUUGUGCUCGUUAUGAGAGCUUGGUGUGUGUGCGUGUGAGGGGUGGGGGGACAAUGGGGCGGAAUUCCAGAGUGGAGCCGCGCGAGGGAUGACGCAGGAAUGAGAAUUGAGGUCACCUGGAGUGCGGUGCGUUAGGGGGGGGGGGGGUUGAGUUGUUGCUGUGACCUGCAGUGCGGAGGCCGAACGCGGCGUGGACGCGACACGAAUGGUCGUGUGUGAGUGUCGUUCUGCUCUGCGCGGAUCGCUCCCGUGGACUCGUGCAUGGAUUUGCGAAGACCCCCUCCUCCUCCCCCUCCUCCCCCCGCGGUUCGCCCGUGAAUAACGCGUCGGUUUUUUCCUCCUUCCGAUUCACAUCUCACGCUUUGCUCUCUCGCAUUAAGAAGGCAUAUGUUACAUGCAGUACUUUAUAAGUGCAAUUCUGUGCCACUGAGGAUUCCUGGAUUAUGGACUAGAAGCAAGCGACGCGUUUCAGAUUUAAGCAAUUCGGAUGAGGUUUUUUUAAAGGGAGAUUUCGCAUUUUGCAAUUAUUCCCACGGGGCGCGGUGAGACGGCCCGGAGCGGUGGUCGCGUGUUGGCCGCUCGUUGCAGAGGUUCGCGGUUCGAAUCCGGCAGGCCGCCCCCUCCGAUUAAUACUGCGGCGUGCGUAUCAACCGCGACUGCUUGCCGUCAUUUCUUUACUCGAUCACAAGAGGGGUAAGGCCACUUACAAAUCACGCCACCGCCCCUCACAUAUCUGUCCCUCCACAUUUAAUUAUAAAAGUUUUUUUUUAAACACCCCUGCAGCCACGUGGCCUGGGAGUGAGUUUAGUUGUAAACACUGGAGCCGUGCGUGCGUGAGAAGCAUUUACCGGCACAGCCGAUGCACGGCGUCCGCGUAAACGGAACCCGCCUGGAUAUCUGUGAAAAAGAGCGUUAAAGCUCAUCGGAUUCUUCCAGUAUAAAUAUUCAGACUUUCACGUGCAUCUCAUCGCAACUCGACACCGAAUUUAUUUCACGAGAAUCGCAGGUCUUACAUUUCAUAACUUGUUUUAGAGUGAAAUUAGCUAUGGCUUUUUCUCCGUUUGCAUAAGCUACUUUUGUUAUUCGGUUGCGGUUUUAAACUAGGGAACUUUAAGUUCCAAUGUUGAGCCACUGCGUCAAUAAACGCGCGUGAGUGUG